CCUUCCGCUGUUCAAAAUGCUAGCACUGUAUUCCAGAGAAGGCGUGUCAAUCCUGAGAGCCUCGCUCUCCGACUAGGGCCGGAUCUUGUCCGUGAUCUUGAGGCGCUGAUACACCCUGGAAAUAUCGAGAUGCCGUCCUUUGCUGUCCGGAAAGAGCUGCAAGAACGUUACAAUAUCGACAGGAGGCAUGUCUAUGAUUAUUUUCACAGCCGAGGCUUGCGCGUGAUCAAGGAAGAUAAGAAUGGUAACACAACCGUACCAAAUGAUUUUGUUCUAGUGCCGGCGCAAUCGCCGAAGCCGAACCUCCGCACUUUGCGCCAAGCGCCUAUGAAGGAGUCGCAGAGAGCAACUGUAAACUUGGUAUCGAAACUCAAGGAGGCCAAGCCCUCAGUUAACAAACCUCGUGGAGUUACAAAGGCCAGACCUGGCCGUCCAAGGAAAUACGCCGUUCGAUCCACUCACGACGACCCCCUGCCACCUGCAGUCAUUUGUCCGUCAUCUCGGAUGGCUCGCGCAUUUAGUCCAAUCCUCCAAUCUGACAUCCUUCCUGCGAGCGACACGGGCAACAACCAUGAAUUUGACAUGGCGGUUAGCACCAUUGACGAGUCUGAUUCAUUUGCGCAAGCGAUAGACGAGGUCUCUUACACGUAUUGUGGCCCACCGGUAUUAAUGUUCGAGACAACCCCACUCCACACCCUUUCGCAAGCGGUGCCAGAUCUAAGAACCGAUGGGGCUGAACUAGGUUUAUCGCCACGCAAGACUUCUGCCGACCCUUUGUCACCGAACGCUUGUACACUCUCAGUUACUGAGCGGAUGGCACUUUAUCAACUUCUUUCUGGAUCGUUUGGCACCCCUCGUAAUAUCCAGGAAUGCGCCGGUACAUACAGAAAUUACAUGCAGGAACGGUCGCAACUGUACUACGAGGGGCUUCUUGCAGUGCCUUACCGAAACUCUCAUUAUAAUGACCGAAGACCAGCUUCUUCCGACAAUCGCCAAUCGGUUCCUUGCAAUGGCAGCGAGUAUAGACGCUGGGUUAACCCGGGAGAGUUCUGCAUAAUGGAUAAAGCUUCGGUUAGAAAUUCCAAGCCGGUCAAAUCUGACACGAGUACGAUCAGGCAGAAAGCACAAGUUUUUUCCUAUACCAACUUUGACACAGAUAACGGGACGCAUCCCCUGGACACGUUGUUCCCAAUACUUGACCUGAAUAGGACCAGCGUCGAUAAUUCAAUCAAGGAAUCACCUGUUAUCCGCAGUCGG